AUGGAAGAAAUAAAUAAUCGUGAUCAGCUGUAUAAAAAAGCAACAGUUGCGCCAAUAGAAGUGAUAGGAAUACUAGACUCUGACUUUGAAUCCAAUCCUCUGAUAACAAUCCACAAAAUAGUGAAUAACUACAACAAAAAACUGUCUGAAGGUAUUAUAAAUAAAAAAAUCCUAAAUGGAUUUUACACUGUGCUCUGCUACGAGUACAAUUUACCAGAAACUGAUCCAGUAUGUCCCUUAGAUUUUGAUAAAAAUUUUUUCUUUAACAUUUUAAAACUUAUCACCGAGAACCACGAAAAAGACUCCGAAGAUUUAAUACACCUGUUGUAUGAAAUCCUAGUUUUACAAUUAAAACUUUAUUGCGACGUUUUUGAAGUAAAUAAUUUAUUAAAAAAUUUCAUAGAAAUUUAUCCUAAAGACACUGAAAUUUUUUACAAAAUAAUUGAAUGCUUCAUUGACGCUCUUUGUUUGAAGCGUUUGUCAUCAGAUAUCCUAGAAGAUGAAUUAAUUGUUUCAGAAUUAAAGAUUUUUUUUACAAAAAUUGAGAAGAAAGAUUGGAAAAUAUUUAUUUCACUUGUAAUAAAAAUUCUCCGGGUGUUUAAUCAGGUGUCCAUUUUACCCCAAUUGUGGGAAAUGAUCCUAAAUAAUUUAAAUGACUGGGAAAAAUCUUUAACUUUGCUAAACAUCUUGAUAGAUUACAUCCUAGCUAUUUCUUCUGAAGAAAUAUUAUCUUUAAAUUGCAAAUACUGCAGCCUUGAAAUUACCUGGCAGCUAAUUUUUAAAGGACUGAUGUCUUCCGUGGAGCAAGAUCGUAAACAGGGGCUUUAUGUAAUGAAAAAAAUACUAGACUUCUUAGAAAAGCAUCCAGCUAAAUCAACUAAAUUAAUUCCAUUCAUUAAUUGUCCAGCUUAUAAAAAAAAUCCGGCUAUAAAAGAAUUAAAGAAGAAAUUCUUUUUAAUUCUAGAGAGUCUGGAAGAAAAGCAAGGACAUUUAGUAACUCCAGUUCUUGCACACUUAGAAAGCUUAAUUAAAUUUCACUUUGAUCAUUUGAACUGUUUAAAUUGUCUAGACAUCAAAUGGCUCCUCUGUAUCUUAACCCGGGCGCUAAAUCACAAGACCAAUGGAGUAAUUAAAUUAGGAUUGACAAUUCUCCUGAAAAUUGACCCGGUAAUUUACACCCAAGACUUGAUAGAGCUGUUAAUAACUAGCUUAAACACGACUUUUAUUUAUGACAAUCAAACAUCAGAGCCUGAACCGGUGGUUGUUAAAGAACUCGCUGAAUUAUUCGUAAAAGCCGAGAAUUCACAAGUUCCUUUAAUAAAUCAAUUUGUUCUCCAGGCAAGAGCAAUUAAUUGGACCCCAAUUCCUCUGUUCUAUGUGAUGUCUUCACUUUACAAAGCGGGACACAUGAUAAAUCCUCCGGUAAAAACCAACCUGUGGACUGGAGACCAAUUAAAUUCCUUGGAAACUAUCUUAAAUAAAUUUUUACACUCUCAACCUCUGUCUCUAAGAAAUAUAUUACGGGAUUUUAUAGCUGAUGCUAUUUUUAAGUUUGCUGAAGAACCAAUUCCGCUUGAGGCAUUAGCAAGAAUUUAUUAUUCUAUCACUCGUAAUUGUCUGAUAAACUCCAGCUUGAGUUGCAGCGCAUUAAGGAUGUAUUUAAAAGAUAAAUUAACAUCUGAAGCAGCUGAGAAUUAUAUUAAAAGCGCAAAUUUGUCCAGUGAAGUUGAUAUUAAGUCCUUUGCACAAAUGACUGCUUUUUUGUACGACGCAAAGAAGAUUUUUAAAUCUUCAGCAUGUUUAUCUUUAAAGAAAUUUUUGGAGAUUUUUAAUUCACUAAUUAACAUUGAAUCUCGGCCUUAUGCUGAUAAGGAUAAUUGCCUGAAAAUAAUUAGCUUAUUUAACUGGUUUUUUUAUUAUUUAAGAAAAUAUUGUAGCAAUGAAGAUCAAGAAUUUAUCUUUAAUACUUUCUUACCACACAUAAAAUCCGUGCUUGCUUUUAUUAUCAAGAAUCUUAAUCAAUCAGAAGAAAUUUAUUUUAUAUGCUUUAAAAAUGUAACAAAGUUUAUUAAAAAUAAUAAAUUUUUCCGGGAGUAUUUAAACAGCAUAAAUUCUUCUGCUUUGAAUUUAAUUGUCCAAAAUGAAGUUACAAACACAAAAUUAUUAUUCACGCUUAGUAUAAUUAAAAGUUGUGUUGAGUACUUAGAGACGCCAAAUGUAGAGGGCGUAACGUCGAUAAUGAAACUAUGCAAGCGCCCUCUGAGUUCUGAGAACCGAAUCAGCGAAGAAAGAAGAGUAACCUUUGAUUGUUACAAGCUUAUUGGUGAAGUAUUUCUUCUUUUGGUGGGUUAUUCGGUGGAUAUUAUUGAAGAGUAUGAAGAAAUAUUACUGAGCUUGGUGAAGUUAGUCGACUUGGGCAAAGAGUGUGUAAUAAGCUCGGUAGUUAAAUUAUUGACAUACUUGUUGACUAAAAGAAGAAAUAGCAUGGAGAAGAAUAUGGAUGUUGUUAAAUGUUUGGUAGAAGCUUGUUGGGUAAAUUUGUGGGACAUGAAUCGCGAUGAAGAAUUUUGGAACGCAAGCAAGCAAUUUAUUGAAUGUCUGAUGGAAAUUAAUAAGUUUGCUCCUUUGGAAGUUAAAGAGUAUAUUUAUAAAAUAAAUUUAAAAAGUGAAGAUAUUCCUGGGUUAAGAAGCUUACUUUGGAGUAAAUUUUGGUUACUUGAAGAAGAAAUAAUAAAUUAUUGGGAUGUUAUUAUGAGGAAUUUUAUUGAAUGUAAUAUUGGAAGGGAAAGAAAAAUUGAAAUGCAAGCUCAGGUUUUUUUGUUUAAUAAUUUUGAUGUUAAAUAUUGCUAUGAUGUUUUUUGUGGUAAAAAUGAAAUCAGAGUUUAUGUUGAGACACUUUUUCGAGCAGAGUCGGUGUUUUUGAUAAUUAAUGCGCUGAGUAACCAAAAGUAUGUUUCUGAAAAAGAAGAUGAUAUUGUGGAGAUGCUUUUGUCGAUAUUGAAAACACACAAAAAUAAAAGGUAUUAUAAUGACUCAAAUUUGCAUAGAAUAAAGCAUCGAGUGAUGCAAUUGUUGCUGGUAAUCACGUCAAUACAUGGAUUAAAAGAAGAAAAUUUGAUAAAGAUGCAUGACACAAUUGGAGAUUUGAUUAUUGUGGAGAGUAAUCAGCUUACGGUGAGAAUGAUGCAGGAGUGGCUGCUGAUUAAAAUUUAUUUGGAUACUCCUAAAUUGUUGGAAAAACUCUGGGGACUUCUGGAGAGGGCCAAAGAAGAAAGGCCUGGGAGUAUUACAUCAAUUGCUUCGAUUGUUUAUCAUGUAUCGAGAAAUGUUUCUGGGGAAAGGCAGCAGUUGUUUGUUAAAGAUGCUACUUCUCAACUUCUGUCUUGCUCUUUUAGUCAGCAAUUUGUUGUUCGACUUUAUUGUCAGACGGUUUUGGCGAAAUUAUUUGAAAUGAUUCCUUCAUCUUCGGUUUGUAAUUAUGAUGUUUUGAAAAAGUCUAUUGAUGAAAGUCUACUAAGAGGGAAUAUGCACAAAAAUUCAAUGAAGCUCUGUGAAGACUUUUAUUUUACUAAAUUUGAUCCUGUUAAAAAUUUUACUCUUACGACAAUAUUUUAUGACGUCCCAAGAUUAUUAAACAUGUCAAAAGACGAGUGGAUAUCACCGAAGAUUCUUGAACAUCUAGCUUCAGUCUUCAAGUUAAAUAAUAUUGAUGCUCAAAAUUUAGUAAAUAAUGAAUACACAUUAGAAAACAUCUCCUCAUCUCAGAUGACAAAAACGCGAUGUCAAGAAUUGGAUGAAGAAGAAAUCAAUAAUGAAAAUUCUGAUGAUGUUCAAAAGAAAAUAAUGCCUUGGAAAUCAAUGAUUCCGUUGGAAGAAGAUUUAUCAGGAACAUUGAGACGACUAAAACUAGCUGAUGACACUGGAUUGAUUGUCGUUGCGAGUUUGAUAGACAGUAUGGCAAAUUUAGGCGGGCUCGCGAGAACUGCUGAAAUUUUUUGCGCGAAGCAAUUGGUCCUCAGUAGUACGAAGUAUGUUGAGAACAAAGAGUUUCAGAUGCUGAGUGUGUCUGCAGAAAAGUGGGUCCAGAUAACGGAGGUGAAGGCACAUGAGCUUAGAGAUUAUUUACUCGAGAAGAGUUCUUUAGGGUGGAAAAUAGUCGGCGCUGAGCAAACUGCGAAUAGUGUUUGUCUUACUGAUGUCAAGUUCGAUAAAAAAACUGUUCUAGUCUUGGGAAAUGAAAAAAGCGGAAUGCCGGCGAAUUUAAUUCCUCUGAUGGACGUCUGCAUAGAAAUUCCUCAAGCUGGUGUUGUCAGGUCGCUAAAUGUUCAUGUUACUGGAGCAAUUUGUAUGUGGCAUUACGCACAACAAUAUAUAUUUUCUUAA